AUGACAAUUUUCUUGCUGGUCGUCAACCUCCUUGCUGUGUUGGUCUGCGUGGAGCUCAUUCGCGGUGAUAUGAAUGACUCGAUUGGGUUAAAUUUCGGACAGUUGUGGAAUUCGUUCCUCGCUAUGUACCAGCUCUUUUCCUCCGAGAAUUGGACAAACAUCUUGUACUCGACAGCAAUUACAGGGAUUUCCCUGGGGCAGGUGGUGAUCGUGAUUAUUUUCUUAUGCUCGUGGCUUAUAUUUGCAAAUUUCAUCAUGAUGCAGAUGUUUGUCGCCGUCAUUCACGAGAACUUCAGUGUCGCAGAAGAAACGAAGAAGAGUAAACAGGCAUCGGACUACUGGGUUCAACACCACCCACAAAGGGUCACGCACAAUAGUUGGACUCGCAAGUUGAAUCCAUAUCAACGGAUCAAGGCGGAUCUGUUCGCGUCAAGGAUUAUGGGGUUGUUAGACAGCACAACCGAAACGGGGCUUGAUAUUCUCGCCAAGGUGGGCAACGGCAAUGACACGACUGAGAACGACCAUGACGAGCAUUCCGAGUGGAAGGCGCAGAAGGCUGGCCCCUCUCGGAAUGUGUCAAACAUUGCUGCAAGAGAUUAUGAAGACUUGUCGCAGUGUCGUAUUCCAGUUUAUGCAUGCACUAACAAGAUCAAAAUUGUGCGGGGUAUUGUAAAACAGCAACACCACAUCAGUGAACCGAGGAAAGGAGAUUCCCUAAUUUUCCUACGACAUUUUAUGAUCGGGAAAAGAAGGGAUUUUCACAACUAUGAAGCUACAAGUGAAGGUCGAUACCUUCCAGGCGAUGACCAUGUGUUAGCCCGUGUGGGUAACACCAUCUACUAUGUAUCAGUUGGGAAUUCGUGCGAAAAAGCAUUACCUUUGCACACUAACCGAGAUGUGUUGACCGAGCAAGUAACAAACAACCUAUGUCCUACUCCGGCUCUCCAAAAUAGGGAUCACCAGGGACCAAGGGUAAGGGUAACCCAGGGGUAUUAUAAGGGUACAAGGGUAUCACAAGGGUACAGGGGUAUUGUCACCAUCUUGGCUAGAAGAGACAUACCAAGCCCAGGGGUACUACCAAUUGUCCAGGGGUACAGGGGUCUCCAGAUCCAAACCCAUACCCCUACCCUCAAGUACCCUUACCCCCGACCCCCAGGGGUUGCCCAUACCCCUGCUGAUCCCUACUCCAAAACCACACCAAAGGAUCCGCACAUUAGAACUUAA